AUGGCGUUGUAUCGCUUACAGCAUUGGGCUAUUGUACUUCAAGCAUAUGAAUACAUUAUACGGUUCAAAAGUUCAUCUCAGAAUGCUAACGCUGAUGCUCUUUCCAGAUUGCCGUGUGGGGAUGACAUACAAUUUGAUAGAAAGGAAGUUGUGAUGUUAGAUGAUGUCGAUACUGUUUAUCAAAAUGCUGUGGAUCACCUUCCAGUAAAUGCAACAUUAGUAAAGGAUAUGAUUCCUAAUGACAACACUCUUCAACGUGUCACCAGAUAUGUACAAGAUGGUUGGCCUGAACAAUUGCCGAAAUCUGAAGGUAGUAUCAAACCGUACUUUAAUCGCAGAUUUUGCUUAUCAUUUCAGAAUGGAGUGUUACUUCUUCAAGCUGAAUAUACUAGAGUGGUGCAACCGAAUGCACUGCAAUCUCAAGUAUUAAAUUUGUUACACGAGGGUCAUUGGGGUAAAGGUCGUAUGAAACAGAUGGCAAGACGAUAUGUGUGGUUUCCUCUUAUUGAUAAAGCCAUAGAACGUAUUCAUGAUGAUUGUUCAUCUUGUCAACAAGGUGCAAGUCAACCAAAGCGAGAAUUUUCUGCAUGGCCAGAAUCUAGUAGGCCGUGGGAAAGAGUUUAUUUGGAUUUCGCGGGUCCAUUCUUUAAACGUAUGUGGCUCAUAGUUGUGGAUGCAUAUUCAAAAUUUCCAUAUAUUGUGGAACUAUCAACAAUAACAGCUGUAACAACUAUCGAAGGUCUUCCGUGCACUAUUGUGACAGACAAUGGAACACAAUUCACGUCCAAUGAAUUUUUAAAGUUUUGUGAAAUGAACGCAAUUCAGCAUCUCACGUCUGCUCCUUUUCAUCCGGCUUCGAAUGGGUUAGCGGAAAGCUUUUAA